CAACGAUAAUUACAAUCCGAAAGCCCUUUCAACCCCGACGAGGGAAUUCUACUCUCGAAACUACCCUACAUCUCCCCUUGCGACAAUCUACCAAACUCCGCAACCACACCAUAUAGUACAUUAUGCCACCCGUCCGCACCGCACGCGCCUCGAAAAAGGCACCGCCUGAAGGCUUCGAGGACAUCGAAGACACACUCCUCGAGUUCCAGAACAACAUGAAGGACGCCGAGAACGCCUCCCAUGAGGGUAAAAAGAAGUACGAAAUGACGUGGCCCAUCUUUCAAAUCACCCACCAGCGCUCGCGAUACAUCUACGACCUUUACUACGAGAAGGAGGCCAUCAGCAAGCAGCUUUACGACUACCUGCUCAAAAACGGGUAUGCGGACGCUAUGCUGAUUGCCAAGUGGAAGAAACAGGGCUAUGAGAAGCUGUGCUGCACGCGAUGCAUCCAGACGAAGGAGACGAACUUCAGGUCGACAUGUAUCUGCCGUGUUCCAAAGGAUAAGAUGAAGGAGAAUCAAGACAUCCAGUGUGUGAACUGUGGGUGUAGAGGAUGCGCUUCCAGCGACUGAGCAAAGGAAGGGAGGGAGACGAUGCACAAUGAAAGAUACCUUACGAUUGAGUUUGAGCGUAAUUGGCGCUCUUCAACUGCGGCGACUUCUCGCCAAGCUGUGCUAUGCGACAGGGUCAGGAACAGCAAUUCCGCCUGAAGAGCGGAAAUAGUGGGCAGUCACCAGCAGCAGGACUACUACCCUAGCAUAGCUGGCCGUAGAAUUGAUACGAUCGCAGCUUUGGUUUGGGAUGAUAGCACGGUCAGGCUGAAGGUACAGAGUCUGUCAUUCGGUCGUGUCAUGAAAUUCAUAAGUUAACGUGUCUACAGAUGAGGUACAAGAAUUGAAGCUAGGGUAUACCAGUACUCCGUCCCAGUUGUGAGGUCUGAGAUGAAC